AUCGCAGGCCUUUCUGCUUACAUCCACCACCUUGUGCUGACUCGAGAUGUCGUCGAAAAAAUCAUCGUCUAAUUCUUCCAAAGGAGGCUCGUCCCAGCCUUCGAGAAACGACGUCUACAAGUCCUCCGGUGGUCGCAAUAACUUUAUGCAUUCGUAUGGACUCAAGCCGUGGAACGAUGACGACGUUCAGGAGAGCAAGGCGAUCGCGGACGUUUUAGCAGAGAAUGCGGUGCAGGACAACGCUGCGAGCAAUGAUUCUGGAAAAUAAAUAUUGGUCUCCAAAGUUACACUGCUGCGUGCGUAGUGGAGGGGAGAAGACCCUUUUCUGUUACUUCAUUCCCGGUUCUGGUACUUUAUGUCGGACUUGCUCUCUCGAACGAUCAUAUUGGAAUACCUUUGGAGUUCUCUUUUGAGCUUUUUGGCGUUCAGUACGUACGGCGAAUGCGGUCACCGUGUAAAUCUUUGAAGGGCUAGACACGAGCGAAAGAGCGUUGAUUCUGUGGAAAUAACCAUUUGCGUGAUGUGCGUACAGGUCUCGUGAGGAAGAACGUGUGCUGUCGUUCCUGGAUUUGCAAAGUCGUGAACUCCGGUUCUCAGUAUAUUUUCCGCUCAUCGGUCUUGUACGAUAGUGUGCUCUUCUUCCCUCCCUUGAAUAUUUAGUGUCCACGUUGAGGCUCUCUGCGCAAGGCAAAUCGCUGUGGAAAACUAAGCACGUCGAUGCGAGCAUAUCCUGUCCUGUUGACUGGUGUAAUAUUAGAGUGGCCUUAUAUGCGGAGGAGAUGACGUCGAGAGAUUGAAAUAGAUGUCUAUUUUUGGAACCCCGUUACACUGCAAUCCGAGUCGCGACGUCAGUCUGGACCAAUGCGUUUCGUAAAUCCUAUAAAGCAUGGUUCACUGCUCAAACAGUAAUUUAUCUUCCUCUCCAAUUCAUUCACCAUGGCUCUCUCCAAGCAUAUCAACCCUUCCAUGUUGAUUCAACAAGCUCAGGAUCACAAAUCGAGAGCCCAUAGUUCGACCAAUCAUCAAUCCAUUCAUCCAUAUGGCGCUCGGUAUGGGACGAGUCCAAUCCCCAAAUUCAGACUCCCAACUGAGGGAAUAGAUGCUCAGCAGACGUAUCAGCUUCUCCACGAUGAGCUUGCUCUUGACGGCAACCCUGCGUUGAACCUUGCGUCUUUCGUACACACCUGGAUGCCCGAUGAAGCACACAAGUUGGUUGUCGAAAACAUCUCAAAAAAUCUGAUUGAUCAAGAUGAAUACCCCAUUACUCAGGAUAUCCACACUCGUUGCAUUUCCAUCCUUGCAGAUCUUUGGCAUGCGCCGUCUACGCAUGCAGCGAUUGGUACUGCUACGACUGGAUCGUCGGAGGCUAUUCAGCUCGGGGGUCUUGCCAUGAAGCGUAUCUGGCAAGAAAAGCGCAAGGCUGCUGGGAAGUCUAUCCACGAGCCUGGCCCAAAUAUCGUCAUGGGUGCGAACGCCCAGGUGGCUUUGGAGAAGUUUGCUAGGUACUUUGAUGUCGAAUGUCGUCUCGUUCCUAUAUCGGUCGAGAGCAAGUACAGACUUGACCCUAAAAAAGCCAUGGAGUACAUUGAUGAAAAUACCAUCGGUAUCUUCGUAAUCCUGGGAAGCACCUAUACGGGUCACUACGAGCCGGUGCAGGAGAUGGCCACUCUCCUCGAUGACUAUGAAAAGCGCACCGGAAUAUCAGUCCCAAUCCACGUCGACGCGGCCUCUGGAGGGUUUAUUGCUCCCUUCGCUACUCCGAAACACGUGUGGGACUUCAAGAUCCCCCGUGUCGUCUCGAUCAAUACUUCCGGACACAAGUUCGGUCUAUCUUAUGUGGGUGUGGGCUGGGUCGUUUGGCGGUCUAAGGCCUUCCUCCCCAAAGACCUCAUAUUCGAGCUUCACUAUCUUGGUUCUGUUGAGUACUCAUUCUCGCUCAACUUCUCGCGCCCCGCGCAUCCUAUCAUCGCACAAUACUUCAAUUUCAUCCACCUGGGUUUCAAGGGUUAUCGUGCAAUUGCCCUGGAUGACCUGAAGAACGCCAGAUUGCUCAGCCGUGCUUUGGAGAAGAGCGGAUUGUUCGAAGUGUUGAGCGAUAUCCACCGCCCUGCCGAAGGUGUCGUGUCUGGUGCCAAGCAGGCCGUUGGAUUUGAUGGGGAGAACGUCGAGGACUACGUUCCUGGUCUCCCUGUCGUGUCUUUCCGUUUCUCUGACCAGUACAAGGAACACAGCCCCCACGUUCAACAGAAGUGGGUUCAGACACUGCUCCGUGCCAAGGGCUGGAUUGUCCCAUCCUAUGAACUUGCUCCCGAUCUCCAGGAUGUCGAGAUUCUUCGUGUCGUGGUGAGGGAGAACGUUACGGCCGUGCUCAUUGACAGACUGAUCGCUGACAUCGUUGAAAUCGUCGAAGGACUCGCCAAGGCGGAUACGCCCUUUCAUGCAUUGACUGAGCUCGGCCAGCCCCAUAAGUCCACCGAAUCUCAGCAUGGCAAACUGGAGAAGGGGUCUGCUAGAAAGCCUAGUGGUACUUAUGCCAAACAAUGCUAAGCAUCCAGUACUAAUUCGUGUGUCUACGGCUUAUUGGGAUGCUGUCGGAUUUCAAUUUCCCCUUUCAUAUCGGAUGUAUUAUACCUUGGAACAAGCUAAGAUCAGAUGCAUUUGUAUGGAUUGUGUAUUCGGAUACGUUGCAACUUGUUCG